UUUAGAUCCCGAGAAACCCUUAUUAAACAUCCUGAAACCACCGUGAAAUGGCGUCCAACGACGAAGAUCCCUUCGCAUCGGAGGAAGAGUCCGUUCCAGAAUUUUCUGCCAGCGAAGACGAAUGGGACCCAGCGAAAGAGGAUGUGAAACGGCCGGUCAAAAUAGGAAGAAAAGGAAAACUGAAAGUGAAAGCGGCUCCAGCCCGACCUACGAGAGUAUCGCGAAGAAUAGCGACCAGAUUGGGGAAGGAACUGCCACCGGAAGAUGAGCCUGAACAAGAUGCGGUUGUUGUUCUACCGGAUGAGGAAUCAGCUUCUUCGUCCUCGGGACAGGAGGAAGAGGAAAAGUCCCCUAAUAGGAAGAAGAAGCAGAGGGGGAGGCGACCGGCACAGAAAAAGGGUCGUAAACCGAAGGUGGUCAAGGAUGAACCGAUUAAGCUGACCACAUUUACCGUGGAAGAGUUGUAUAGGAAAUAUCGACCGGAUUUGGCAGGUUGUUCGAAGAGGGUUGCACCGGUGCCGCGGAAAGUGGAGGUGAAGAAGGAGACUGAAGAUGACGAUAGUAGCGGUGAUGAUUAUCUGGUCGAUCCGGGAAAGUUGGAUCUGAAUUCGGAAUUUUUCCAGUCGGUGGACGUGUCGGUUGACAAGAAGGAAGAUCCCGGGAUUCAGUUUGAUUGCAAUGUAGGAUUGGAAAUGCAGGAAUCGGAAGAAGAUGAGGAUGAGGAGAAACCGUUGAGUUCAGUAAGGAAGGAGGAUGAAUGCAGCACUGAUUUUAGUAAGAAGUUGAUCCAACAAAUUAAUCAGUCGAGUCAGGAUUGUGUGAAUAUGAUAAAGCUUGCUGAAGUUUCGAAGCGAAUGGAAAAUGAGCGGAAGAAGUUGGAGCAAUUACGGAAAGAGCAAGAACACAAGGCAGGUGCAAAUGAGGAGGAUGUUUCGGAUCUGCUUGUGGCAGGAGAGAAGAUCAAAGGCAAAAGCUCGAAGCAAACAGGAAGAAAUGACUUUAUCGCUGUUGAUGAGAAAGAUAACCGGGUCGAGGAAAAGACCGUUGAAAUUACACUCAAAUUUGAAUCCGCCGAGACGGGUAAGAAGGAGAAGAAGAAAAUUGACCUACUAACUGCCGUCAAGCGAUUGAUGAAUCGCGAGAAACGCCAAAAUCAAAUCUACCUCCAUAAGGUCUCAAUUCUUUGCUGGAUUGGUCAUGGAACGUAUCUUAAUCGAACUAUUUCCAACGCAGCACUGAUGGAGCUGACCAUCAAACGACUACUGCCCUCGGCAAGCUGCCGACCAAAAGGUCUAACGAACUUAAACUACUUUCAACAGGUUACCCACUACUUUCGGAAGGUGGUCAAGUUGAAAAACAACGACUUGUACUUUCGUUCCAGCAACCUGCCACCGCUUCAGUCAACUCUCAAAUAUCAACUCAAGCAGCGGUCGGCCUUUUCGAAGCGCGAUUACAUUUUGCUGUUCCUGCUAAUGCUUCGAUCAUUGAGCAUCCACUGCCGGUUGGUAAUUUCACUGGUGGUCCCACCGAAGCUAGUUCCCACCAGUGAACUAUAUCGAAUGAAUCCUAAAACGAACGAAGAGCUGCAAGCGGAACGUCGUCUGAUGCUGGAUUUCCGGCGUGCACCGCGGCACAGUACGGUUUUCAAAGUUCGCGAAAAGCUCGUUGAAUUGGUUAAUAAAAACUCCCAGCAGGUUCAACGGGAAGCAGCCCGGAAGCGACGUCGAGAAGGAUUUAGUGCAACGAUUCCUCAAUUGGACGGAAGCCAUGAACAUCUGUUCGGAAGUGUUCCAAAAGAGUUGCCUCGGAAGAAGCUGAAGCUAAUGGAGCGCUCUUUUAUCGAUAUCGAACGGAAUGUGAUUGCCAAGCCGUCGAAAAAGUCGAGCAAGGAGGAAAGGAAGUUUUCGGACGAUUUGGACGAGGAAGUCCGGAGGCGUAGGGAGAAGAUCUUGGCUGCUUAUCGGGCUUCUAGAGAGCAAAGGGAACUGGAAAAUGCCAGGGCGAAGGCUGAGGCUGAAUUCCUCGGGGAGGGGACAAGUUCGAUGCAUGCGAGACCGCGGGGACGGUUGAGCGCGAAGGAGAUCGCUCGGAGAAAGCGACCCGGCGUAGACCUGUGGAUUGAAGUCUACUGCGAGCACGAGGAUAAAUGGGUCACGAUCGACAUCCUGAGUGGCAAGGUGCACUGCCUGGAAGACAUUGUGAACACCGCCACCCACCCGAUGUCCUACGUGCUGGCCUGGAACAACGAUGGCUCGAUGAAGGACGUCUCCGCUCGGUAUAUCUCCCGCCUGGGUAGUAAAAAGUCCAAACUCCGCGUCGACGACGCUUGGUUUGACCGGACUCUGCAACCCUACCGGGUUCGACGCCAAACGCGUCGCGAUCGCACCGAAGACCUCAAGUUCGACAAACUGCUCAACAAGCGACCGUUUCCGGGGCAGAUCGGAGAGUACAAAAACCACCCGCGGUUUGCCAUCGAACGGCACCUGCUUCGCAACGAAGCCAUCUACCCGCGGGAUGCCAUCGUUUUGGGCUACAUCAAGGACGCACCGAUCUACCCGAGGGACUGCGUGCACGUGCUAUUUUCGCGAGAAGGCUGGCUACGGCAGGCUAAAACCGUGAAACUCUACGAAGAACCGUACAAGGUGGUCAAAGCGAAAGCCAAGUACGAUCGCCUGACGGGCACCUCGAUCACUGGUCUUCAAACGGAAUUAUUCGGAACGUGGCAAGUUCAGGACUAUGAGCCUCCGGUGGCACAGAACGGCCUCGUACCGCGAACCGCAUACGGUAAUGUGGAUCUCUUCAAACCAUGCAUGCUACCCAAGGGAACGGUGCACCUGCAGCUACCGGGGCUGAACAAAAUUUGCAAACAGUUGCGAAUCGAUUGUGCCCAGGCGAUCACCGGGUUCGAGUACAAGAACAAUGCAUGUCAAGCGGUGUACGAUGGGUUCGUCGUAUGCGAAGAGUUCCGAGAUCAGGUCAUUGACGAGUGGUAUCAGGAACAGGUUGAACUCGAACGGAAGGAAGACGAGAAACGCAAGAAGAAGGUCUAUAGCAAUUGGAGGAGAUUAGUGAUGGGGUUGUUCAUUAGGAAGAAGUUGAAAGAUCGCUAUAAUUUCGAUAAUUUGUAGUAGGUAGUAACAAUAGUGCAGCCCAGUGUCCUUAUCUGUAUUAAUUUGUAUAAUUCCA